AAAAGUGAGAAAUUCUUGGAAGAAAUACAUAAAAACAUGUGAUUGUUGAGUGGCAUGCAUAUAUUUCCCGCUAUCGUGGAUUGUAGCGACCUACAUUUAUAGUAUAACACAAUGAAGGUAUAACCUAAAAUAAUGGGCUAUCGGUUGCUGAAUAAUUAUAUUUGAUUUCAAUGGUUGUCAUAAUAUAAUUAGAGCGCAACACGCAACAACUGGUCGAUAAAUCUGAUUGUAUCUUACAUCGCGUGGGUAAUACAAUUACAAGUAUAUUCCAUAGUUUAGUAUAGAGCAUGCAGAACGAUGACGAAGGUCUAUCCUCAAUAUCCACCGCGCUAUCUAAAGGGAACAAAGAAAAAGAAGCGUCAGAAUAAAAAACAAGAUGAUAUUGGAGUAUUAUCAUUGCUGGCGGCAAGCUUACGUCAUCAGACCACUGAAUUCUUUAACAACUCUACAUUACAUGGCGUGCGAUACAUCGCGGAGAAAGAACGACCCUUUUGUGAAAAAUUUAUGUGGUUCAGCUUCACGGCAAUAGGCGCCGUGGCCACGUGCAUAAUAAUCGUAAGUCUGUGGGAAAAGUUUCAAACAAAUCCAACAAUUACAGGUUUGGACACGGAUUUCCAUAAUUGGGAUGUACCAUUUCCCGCAGUUACAAUAUGUGACAAGAAUCCACUUGAUGAAGAAUUAUUACAAGCAUACAUUGAAAAAGUGUGGCCGGCUGGGGCGCCUGCCAACGCCACUGAGAUGCUGCAAUGGCUGGCGACUUUGAGCUACCGUUCUAUAGCAGAGAGUGCGUCGUUGUUUGUGACACAGCCUGACCUGGUCGGACACACCGUGGAAGACGCCCUGGCACCUGCAUUGGAUCCCAAGGACGCUGUAUUUAGUAUUGUUCAACGUUGCGAGGCUGCAUUUUACGAUUGCGAAUGGAAAGGAGACUCGGAGGAAUGCUGUGAUUUUCUCGUGCCAGUCUUCACAGAAAUGGGGUUUUGUUACGCUUACAAUUCAAGACACGCGGAGAAAUCUUGGCCUUGGCAAUCCCAGGCGCAAAACGAAUUGUUUACCGAAGCGUAUAUUCACGAGACGGAUUCGAAAUGGUCCUUCAUGUUUAAUUCAUUUCGCAACACAUCGAUAAUAGACAUCUACAUUCAUUCAACCGAGGAAAUGGCGGGAUUGGAACAAAGCGCACAACUCUCGUGGGAUCAUAGAGUAGAGAAAGUGUCGUUCUCAGUCAAACACACGUACACUACGGAGGACGCGCGGCAGCUCUCCAUUCGACAGAGACGUUGUAUCUUCGCGGACGAAGUCAAAUUAGAAACGUCAUCUAUAUACACGUACUCGGCCUGUAUGCGACAGUGUCGGAUGCAAAGAAGUCGUUCGUACUGUAAAUGUGUGCCGCAUUUUUAUCCGAAAACAAAGGGGUACCGGCAAUGUUCAGUGCGGGAACUGGAGUGCAUAGCUCGACACGCGGCCGCCAUCACCGACGUGAGCCGCUGCGCCUGCGAGCUUGGUUGCUCACACACAGUCUACGAGGUCGAAAAGCUCACCGAAAUUGACUCAAGUAAAGGUCCAGUGGCGUCCAACGCUCUGGAGGCAGAGUUUGUUUCGUGGCCAAUGGUGCGAUACAAACGCGAGGUGCUCUUCGGAUGGGUUGACUUGUUGGUGUCAUUCGGUGGCAUAGCCGGUCUGUUCCUGGGGUUCUCGCUGCUGUCUGGUGUGGAGUUGGUGUACUACUUCACACUGCGCGCCUGCUGCGCCGCCUGGCGGGACGGGCCCGCACUGCGCCAGGAGCGCGCCGAGCGUCUCGCACGACCCAAGCCGCCGUACAACCUCAGCCUCGUGCCAUGGUGGAAGAAACCGCCAGAGCCACAACACGCAGAGCCUCUUCAAGUGAAGGCAAAGAACGUGCAGCCGCCGCAAUACUCCCCGCCUCCACUCUACACACAAUACUUGCCCUGAUUAACCAAAUUAUACUGUAUACAAGGAAAUCAAUAAAACGAAAAUACACAUUUAAAUAGUUAAGUUUAUUAAAAUUUUUGGUCACAUCAAUCUAAAAAAAAGUCUCUCGGAGAUUUUAAACGAACUACAUUAGGAUGCUAAAAGAUUGGACAUAAAACAGUCAACAAGUUCCAAAAUAUUCGAGUGGUAAAUACGUACAAAUAACUAGGUUUCCAAAAAGCACAAUAAUGCAGUUCAUUGGAUAACAUUCGAAAGAACAAGUUCUUAACACUGUAGUGUGCGCAUCCUAUCAAUUUAAGAUCAA